UCAAAUGUUCGAUGUGACUUCUUUAGCAAAUUUUUUUGCCUACUAAACAACCCCUUACAAAAAAUCUCAAGGUUGGCGGCAGCGGGAAAUAUAGGGAUAAUUUUGUGCGCCCAGGUGUGAAAAAGAAACUAAAAUGAGUUAAAUAUUGAACAAAUUGUCAAAUUCUCCUUCGCCGUACCGGGACUCCGAACAGUAUCGACACAGCAGCGGCUUAUCCAUUUGUUCCAGCCUUCCAGGCUUGAGCUUCGCGCCAUGCUCCCUUCGUCUCGCUCACUUCUCGCCCCGACCCCACUUCCUGCCAUGGCGGUGCGGCGGCCGCCGCCGCCGCCGCAUCUACCGAACCGCGGCGGUCACCCUCUCGCUCGGCCACCGGCGUGCCGCGCCGUCACUCGGGUCGCCCUCGCCCCCUCACUCUCCGCCGCUGCCGCGACGGCUGCCUCCUCGUCGCCUCCUGCCAACAAGAAGAAGGUUCUCGUGCCCAUCGCCAUGGGCACGGAGGAGAUGGAGGCUGUCAUCCUUGCCGGCGUACUCCGCCGAGCCGGCGCUGACGUGACGCUGGCCUCCGUGGAGGAUGGCCUCGAGGUGGAGGCCUCGUGUGGCUCCCGCAUCGUUGCUGACAAGCCCAUUGCCGAUUGUGCCGACAAGGUGUUCGACCUUGUGGCUCUCCCGGGUGGAAUGCCUGGUUCAGUGCGGUUGAGAGACAGUGAGAUCCUUCAGAGGAUCACAGUUAGACAGGCCGAGGAGAAAAGAUUGUACGGUGCUAUAUGUGCUGCACCAGCUGUUGUUCUCAUGCCGUGGGGUCUCCACAAGAGAAAAAAGAUCACUUGUCACCCAUCCUUUAUAGAAGAUCUCCCAACAUUCCGAGCUGUUGAAUCAAAUGUUCAAGUUUCAGGAGAGCUCACAACAAGCCGUGGACCAGGGACAUCAUUUCAAUUUGCUUUAUCAUUUGUAGAGCAGUUGUUUGGCCCUUGUACAGCUGAAGAUAUGGACACCACUUUGAUGACAGACGUUGAUGAUAAUCUUGAAAGAAGUAUUGAAGUCAACGAAAUUGAGUGGUCGUCUGAUCACAAUCCUCAUGUUCUCAUUCCAAUUGCAAAUGGUUCAGAAGAGAUGGAGAUAAUAAUGUUGGCAAAUGUUUUGCGGCGAGCAAAAGUAAAUGUGGUGUUGGCAUCGGUUGAAAAAUCAAGAAGUAUUCUUGGGUCCCAAAGGAUGAGGAUUGUUGCUGAUAAAUCCAUUUUAGAUGCUUCUGCCUUAAAAUAUGAUCUAAUAAUCCUUCCAGGAGGACCUUCUGGAGCUGAGAGGCUGCACAAGUCCAGAGUUCUGAAGAAAUUACUCAAGGAACAAAAGCAAACAGGUAGGAUGUAUGGUGGGAUCUGUUCUUCUCCUAUGAUCUUGCAGAAGCAGGGUUUACUCCAGGAUAAAUCAGUGACAGCUCAUCCUUCCAUAGUCGAUCAGCUCACUUGUGAUGUUAUUGACCGAUCAAAGGUUGUGAUUGAUGGAAAUUUGAUUACUGGGAUGGGGCUUGGGACAGUCAUUGAUUUUUCACUGGCUAUUAUAAAAAAAUUCUUUGGCCAUGGACGAGCCAAAGGCGUGGCAAAUGGCAUGGUUUUUGAUUACCCCAAGAGCUGAUAUACGCACAAUUUCUGGCCCUCUGUAAUGUGCAAAGAGGAGACAUUUAGUUGUGCUAGCUAUGCUCAAGACAAAAGGUGUCUUGUUUUCUUCACCUUGUCCUUUUCUGGGUCUGCAACUCUUCCUGAGACAGCAUUAUAUUCCUCUGUUGCAUCGUUGGACAUCUGGAUGGAAAUCAUUCCACUAUAUUUGUUGGGAUAGGCCAAAUUUACAUUGGAAGAUCAGGUGGAGGUCAAUUCAUUCUGAUAUGAUCUGUUAGCACAUAAUGACACAGUUGGAUUACUAACUGAAGAAGAUAUCAUGUUCAAUGUGACGUUCAAGGAUGAACCCAUUUUGUCCAGCCUGCAACAAAAUGUUUACAGCGUCGAUUCAGCUUCAAAGUUCAAACCUCUGUUCAGCAAUUUUGUUGCCUGGAUGCCCUCACCCUCAAUUGGCUCGAUAGAUGUGCAAACAUGCGACUGUAGCGUGUUUACUUUUUUACUCGCAUGGUGACGUGAUUGAAACUUUAAAAGUGACAUGUGCGUUGCUUGGCUUCAGUAGUUGGGCAACAAGGUAGUCCUGUUUUACUAACUUAUCUGUUGUUAGUUUGUUACGGUGCCGGCAAACGAUUGCUGAUAUUAGGCCCUCUUUGGCACCGCUCUAGACCCCAAAACCAUGUUAGAAUUUAGAAAUGUAAGUUAAAGUAGAGGUUUAAAAUUUUAUAUUUUUAUCAAGAAUAGAAACAAAAUGAUUCAUGAAUAUGUUAUCAAUGUAAUUAUGGAUGAAGAUCUAUGGAUUAGGAUCUAGAAAUACCCAACUCUAAUAUAUCUCGGAUUUGGAGUUGUUCUGUACCAAACACGGUCUUAAUUUUUUUUAACGCA